CACACUUCUCACUCGAUCCUCCAAUUCUCACCAGCUCUUGAUCUCACCAACCCCCGCCACCUCUCAAAAAUGUCACGCAAAAGAAAAGCCGAAUCCGGCGAAGUCCUCAAAAUCGGCAACAAAACCAUCUCCCUCGAAGGCUACCUCACCAAGAAACCAAAAACUGCCAGCACCCCUUCAACCUCGACAUCAGACAACAACACCCCAGCACCAUCAACCGAAAAUGAUACAACGACGACAGCAACAGACCCCAAGGAGUUCAAGCCCUCUCGCCCCCUCACAGGAGAUCCCUCCCUGUUCGCCACCCGCCGCGCCCUCCCGCUCUACCUCUACCAAGACCGGAUCCGCUCCAUCCUCUCGAAAAAGGACGUCCUGGUACUAGUGGGUGAGACCGGUUCGGGUAAAUCUACCCAGGUCCCGCAGUUCUUGUACCAGGAGCGGUGGUGUCAGCGACGGAGGGUCAAGGUUAAGACCAAGGUGUUGGAUAAAGAUGGGAAUGAGGUUCUGGAGGAGGGUGGUAAAGCAAAGACCAGGGAGGAGACGGUUAAUGUCGGUGGAGUGAUUGCGAUUACCCAGCCGAGAAGGGUAGCUGCUACCACGCUUGCGGGGCGUGUGGCGAAGGAGUGCGGGACGCCGUUGGAUACGAGUGGGAGGGGGACAGGGUUCAAGGGACGGGGACCGAAAGGGAAGGAUGGAAAGGGACCGAAAGGUGGGAAGGAGGGAGAGGAGUGGGAUGAGGAGAAGGAUGUGGUGGAGGAGAUGGGGAAGAAUAAUGGUGGUGAUGAGGAGGUGAUUGAGGAGAAUGGGAAUGAGAAGAAGGACAGGAAAGACCAGGAGAAGGGUCUGGUUGGUUAUUCAGUCCGUUUCGACCAUCGAGUACCACCGGGGACGAAGAUCAAGUACGUGACGGAGGGUAUGUUGCUGCAGGAACUGCUGAGGGACCCGCAUCUACGACAAUACUCGGCCAUCAUCGUGGACGAAAUCCACGAGCGCAGUGUGGAUGUCGAUUUACUAUCUGGUUUCCUCAAGCAGAUCGUCACGGGCGACAAGGCCGGUCGUGGAGGAAUCCCGCUCAAGGUGGUGGUCAUGAGUGCUACGGCACAGGUCGAAAGAAUCAAGAAAUUCUUUUCUAGCGACGACAGUCUUAAGAAGGGAACAUCCGGGGAGGAAGUGGAAUAUCUCGAGAUCGAAGGCCGACAGUUCCCGGUCGAAGUCAUCCACGAGCCCAAACCUGUUCCAGACAUCCAGGAGGCACUCCUCAAAACCGUCUUCAAGAUCCACACCCAAGAGCCGCUCUCCGACAAACACGGCAAGAAGGACAUCCUGUGUUUCUUGACAGGUCAAGAAGAAAUCGAAGCCGCCCAGCGCCUAAUCGAAGAAUUCGCCGAAACCCUCGACCCCAAAGUGCCCAAAGUCAAAGUCUUUCCCCUCUUCGGCCAACUCUCCAUGGAAGCCCAGCACGAAGCCUUCCAGCCCAUCAAACACCCCUUCACGCGCAAGAUCGUGCUAGCCACCAACAUUGCCGAAACCUCCGUCACCGUCCCCGGCGUGCGCUACGUCGUCGACUGCGGCAAAGCCAAAGUCAAACAAUACCGUCCCCGUCUCGGCAUGGAAUCGCUGCUCGCAAAACCCAUCUCCAAAUCCUCCGCCAUCCAACGAACCGGUCGUGCCGGCCGUGAAGGCCCCGGCAAGUGCUUCCGUCUCUACACAGCCGACACCUUCGCCACCCUGCCAAAGACGGACCUCCCCGAGAUUCUGCGGACCGACGUCCUCGGCGCCGUCCUGACAAUGAAAGCCCGCGGCAUCGACGACGUGCUCUCCUUCCCGUUGAUGGACCGUCCGGAACUCGAAGCCGUCGAAAACGCUCUUGUACAUCUACAUGUGCUCGGCGCGCUAGGCGACGACGGCCGCAUCACCGACACCGGCCGCAAAAUGGUCUUGUUCCCCGUGACUGCGCCCUACGCGCGCGUCCUGCUCGCGGCCGCUGACCCGCGCUAUGACUGUCUGCUGGAAGCCAUCGACAUCAUUUCGUGCAUCACGGCCGGCGACGACAUCUUCAUGCAAGUCCGCUCGGAAGAAGACAAGGAAGCCGUGGACGUGUACAGAAAAGAACUCCAGCGCCGCGAGGGCGAUUUGAUCACGUACCUGAACACCAUGCAACGCUUCGUUUCCACGCCCUCAGCCGACCGUGGGACGUUCUGCAAACAACGCCGGAUCAAUGUGCGGAAUAUGCGGCAGGCGCUGAAUAUCAGGAAACAACUCCGGUCGCUGUCGGUCAAGAAUAAGAUGCUGGCGGAGUUUCCAGCCCCAGAUGCGGAAGUGACGUACCAGCCUGUGUCGCCGGAGACGGCAGAGAGGAUCCUCAAGGCGUUCUUGAAGGGGUUCGCGAUGAAGACGGCGGUGCUGGCGCCCGAUGCGAGUUAUGUGACUGCCCAUGGGAAACAUGUGGUUGCUAUUCACCCGAGUAGUAGUUUGCAUGGGGUCAAGAGGGAGGCCAUCAUGUUUUUGGAGCAUGUGUAUACGCAAAAGAAUUAUGCAAAGAAGGUGAGCGCCAUUCAGGCGGGGUGGAUUGCGGAGGCGUUGGCUGUUUGAGCCUGAGUGUAUUCUAGUGGGUGGCGGGGUUUAAUGUGGCCAGAGAUGUGGAAUGGUGGUUAAGCGGUAGAGAAGAUGUGAGGUAUAGAUACCCUAGAUAGAGGUGCUGAAUGCAUGUACUUGGAUUCUACACUGAAUAUUAUAUCUGUUCAUCA